CCCAAAAGUGGGGAAAGGUCGGGUAGAAAGUCGGGGGGUACUUGUUUAAGAGCGUGUGAUCACGAAUAUCCAUGCCUAGAUUUUGUCCCGUAGGGACUUUAUCGUUAAAACGCGAUCACUCUGCAGCUACUAAACUUGUUACUCACCGGAAACAGCUUUCGUUCGUCCGCCGAGGACACCUUGGCCAGCGCAGGCCCCGUCGACGCUGCCGACGUCCCUGCAACAAGUUGAAUGAGAAGGAAUGCGAUCAGACUCUUCUGUUUGCUUGGAUGCGGUGCCCUCCUCCUCGCUGUUCAGUCCGUUGUUCUUCAGUAUAUCUUCAAGCAGGAAAAAGACUCUGUUCAACAUUUUAGCCCAUCAUGGAGCCUGAUCAGAGACGUGGCCGAUGCGGCAGUCCAGACCGGCUUCCCGCUUUUCAUCUUGGAUGCGGGCAUUCUGCAGUGUCUUGCAGACAGGACAGUCCCGGUUGAACGGCCCUCUUGCUUUGAUCUCCCUCGGGGCCAGACCUUUUUGCAGUUCGGCUCACUGGGACAGUUUGCUACUCAAAAGGAACAUGACUUCCUGUCCCUCCUGACUCGUGUGGGUUACAAGACAUCGAAGCUGAGUGUUCCCAACCCCAAGGUGCUGGCCCAUGGCCUGGAAGUGCUCAUCCCCACCCACUACCUCAUCUCCCAGAAGCCGAACACUGCAGUACUUCACGUUGUUGUCUUUCAUGAGCGACCAGGCAACUUCUGGUGGCAUGCAGCUGCCGCGGCAGAUGAAAAAGACGCCAACGAGACAGACGUCUCAUUUAGUAGGCUGAUCACGUCAGCAAGAAGCCAUCAAUUUAUCAAAAGUGACGGAGCAUAUGAUAAAGUGGAAGUCCUUCCAUGCGACGUGGGCGGAGGCGUGCGUUCAUUCGUCCCCACGCAGUUUGGCACGUUCGUCGACGAGCAGCCAUUCAUCGAAUGCAAUGCGACGCGUGCCCGGCUCUUUCACACCAUCCACGGACGGGACGAGACUCCUGAGGCUGAGCUGUUCCGCCUCAAAGUUCACCGCCUGCUUCUCAAGGUCAAGCAGCUGCUGGGAGAGCUCAGCGUUCCCUUCUGGAUCAGCAGUGGAACUUGCCUCGGCUUCUUCAGGCAGUGUGAUGUGAUUCCCUACACGACUGAUGUUGACAUUGGAGUCUUCAUCAAGGACUACAAGCCUGAAAUCAUUUCUGCAUUCUCAACGCAUGACAUCCCCCUCACGCACCUGUUUGGAAAGGUCGAAGACAGCUACGAGCUGUCAUUCAGAGAUCGUGACGUCAAGCUUGACAUAUUCUUCUUCUAUGAAGAGGACGACCACAUCUGGAAUGGAGGCACACAAGCUAGGACCGGGAAGAAGUUCAAGUACACAUUCCCGAAGUUCAAGCUUUGCUGGACGGAGUUUUUGGACAUCAAGUUGAGAAUCCCGUGCGAGACGGAGAAGUACAUUGAGGCCAACUAUGGGCCCAACUGGUUUCAACCCUUAAAAAGAUGGGAUUGGAAGGCAAGCCCUCCUAAUGUUGAAGAAAAUGGCAUUUGGCCAGUUGAAGAGUGGCCACAUGUCAUCAAGCUGUUCCCAUUGCCAGAGUCGUAAUGUGGCUUUUGUUGCUGUCGUGUGCUACAUUGGUUUCGUAGAUGCAAACACUGCAAUAAAGGGUGUGAACUGUUGUACAGAUAGCAUAACACUGGAA